AUGAAUGAAAGUAACAAGACACUUUCUUCAGAUGAUGCCGUAGAAUUGCUGAUCCUGCCCUUGCUGACCUUCGUCAUUGCCCUGUGGGGGCUGAUAGGGAACACAGUUGUGAUCUGGCUACUAGGCUUCCGCCUUCGAAGGAACUCCUUCUCGGUCUACAUCCUCAACCUUGCAGUGUCUGACUUCCUUUUCCUCUCCAACCUGAUUUUAAUGUUCAUAGUGACUAUCUUGGUCCUCUUCAAUCCCAUCUUUACCUUUGCCCUUCAAUGUUUUAGUGCUACAUUCUUGGUUUUGUAUAUCUUAAGCCUCAGCAUUCUCAGUGCUAUUAGCACAGAGCGUUGUCUGUCUGUCCUGUGCCCUAUUUGGUACCGCUGCCACCGCCCAAGAAACCUGUCAGUUGUCACAUGUGUCCUGCUGUGGGCCUUGUCCCUGUUUCUGGUCAUCUUGGAGGAAAUCUAUUGUACAUUAAUUGUGCACUUGGAUAAUGAUGGUUGGUGUCAAGUUACUGAAUUUGUCAUUGCCUCAUGGUUGAUAUUCUUAUUUGUGACUCUCUUUGGAUCUAGCUUCACUCUGCUGGUAAAGAUGUGUGGCUCCCAGAGAAAGAAGCUGACCAGGCUCUUUGUGACUGUUGUGCUCUCAGUCUUGGUCUUCUUCCUCUGUGGCCUGCCCUUAGGUAUUUAUCACUUACUGUUAUCGAGGAUUCAAGAGCAUUCUAAUAAAGUAGCUUCUGCUUGGUCUAUACUACUCUCCUGUAUAAACAGCAGCUCCAACCCCAUCAUUUACUUCUUAGUUGGCUCCUUUAGACAUCGGCUGGGGAGGAGGAACCUCAAGGUGUUUUUUCAGAGGGCGCUGGAGGACACUCCUGAGGUGGAGGAAUCUGGAGGAAGUCUCUCCCAGGAAACCAUGGAGAUGUACCAGAGCAGUGUGGCUUCUUAG